ACCUCUUUCGUCAGUUCCGGUCUGCCUUUCCCGCUCUCUGGGUUGUAAGAUUACGCCGCUGUACGCCCGCACGCAGCCUUCACGCGUUGUGUGUGCGAGAAAGAACAGCUUCUGCUCGAUUGCCUCCUCAAACCGGCAUCCUAUUGUACGCGCUACAGGGCUGUUUAAGACAUGUCAGAAGAAUACAUUGUAAGGGUUCGAGGCUUGCCUUGGUCAUGUACAAAGGAAGAAGUACUUGAGUUUUUUUCAGAAUGCAGUAUCAUUGAUGGUGUUAGUGGGAUCCAUUUUACUACCUCCAAAGAAGGACGUCCUAGUGGUGAGGCUUUUAUUAUAUUGGACACAGAGGAAGACCUUAAGAAGGCUUUAGAGAAAGACCGAAAAUAUAUGGGACACAGAUACAUAGAAGUAUUUAAGUCAAACAACACAGAAAUGGAAUGGGUUUUAAAACACAACAGUACUGAUGACGUGGAAACAGACUCUGAUGGAACAGUUCGUCUUCGUGGACUUCCUUUUGGCUGCAGUAAAGAAGAGAUUGUACAGUUUUUCUCAGGGUUGAGAAUCGUGCCAAAUGGGAUUACAUUGACGGUGGACUACCAGGGGAGAAGCACAGGGGAGGCCUUCGUGCAGUUUGCUUCAAAGGAGAUAGCAGAAAAUGCUCUGGGGAAACACAAAGAAAGAAUAGGGCACAGAUACAUUGAGAUAUUUAAAAGUAGCCGAGGUGAAAUAAGGUCACAUUAUGAUCCUCCUCGGAGAAUGAUGGGACAGCGGCCAGGGCCAUAUGACAGACCUAUGGGAGGCCGUGGAGCUUACUAUGGAGCUGGCCGUGGAAAUAUCUAUGAUCGAAUGCGUGGAGGUGCAGGGUAUGGUGGAGGCUAUGGUGGUUUUGAGGACUAUGGUGGUUUUAACAACUACGGCUUUGGAACAGAAGGAUUUGAUGACCGGUUAAGAGAAAACAGAGGUAUGACUCAAGCAUAUGCUGGAGCUGGUGAUGGAAGUGCAGGGUUUCAUAGUGGGCACUUUGUACACAUGAGAGGAUUGCCUUUUCGUGCUUCAGAAAGUGAUAUAGCCAAUUUCUUUUCACCCCUAACUCCUAUCAGAGUUCACAUUGAUGUUGGAGCGGAUGGCAGAGCAACUGGAGAAGCCGAUGUGGAAUUUGCAACACACGAAGAUGCAGUAGCAGCCAUGUCUAAAGAUAAAAAUAAUAUGCAACACCGGUACAUUGAGUUAUUCUUGAAUUCAACUGCUGGAGGUGGAGCUGGAAUGGGAUGUUAUGGCCGGGAUGGUUUAGAUGGCACUGGUUAUGGAGCUGUGAGCAGAAUGGGCAUGACUGGAAACUACAGUGGGUGUUACGGAAACCCUGAUGGAUUAGGAGGCUAUGGAAGGGGCAAUACUGGAAACAGCGGGGGCUACUAUGGGCAACAUGAUAACAUGGGAGCUGGAUGGCGUGGAAUGUACUAGCAGGGAUUGCCUUGUCUAAAGGAAAUCCUGGAAGAAGCAGAUUUUUAGUUACUGUUUGUGUUUAGUUCUUUGUAUGGACUGAAGGAAUACGUUCUUAAACUUUUAGUGAGCAAAGUUCAGUUGAUGUUGCCUGUAGGAAUUUGUUUGACUGAAAAUGUUGACUUUGAAUAAAUGUUUUUUUUAUGAUUAAAAAUGUCACACUGCUUAUGCAUAGGCAGACCUUAA